AACACAAACUAGGGUUUCUCUCAUCUCUCUCAUUUGGUCCGCCGCUCAUCCUCUCAUCCUCUGCUCUCUCUCUAUGGCGAUUGCGACGACUUCAUCAGGCCUCUCUCUAAGAUCUCGCCAGAUCUCUCACCAGAUCUGUGAGGAUUUCACCAGAUCGAUGAAGGGCUUGCCAUUUCAUCCAUCUCCCUGCUUCUCUCUCAAAGAAGAUCUAGGGUUUCUCUAGGCGGAGCCGAGCCACUGGCUCACUGUGACCUCGCCGGCGGUUUGAUACUUCCAUGGAACCAAAUAGUCCAAGCCGUGUAGGCUGGUAUUGUGUUCUUACCCUUUUCUCUCUUUUCGUUUUUGUUGAACUGAUUUCGUUUUUGUACAGCUCAUAUCACCAAAUCCGGUUUCAGUGACACUCUUUUCGUUUUUGGGAGUGAAGAACAAGCAGAUCCGGUAUCCUGUAUGUUCGUAGACCUCAUAUCAUCCCUGUAUGUAUUUGGUAUUUUUGUAGAUCUAGGGUUUUUUGUAUUUUUCAGAUCCAUAAAAUGAUGAUUUGGGAAUUACAAAUCAAUGCAGAACUUGAUAUCGUUUUCCUCAGGUGCAGAUCUGGAGUUUUGAUGCUUUAGUAGAUUUUGAGAUUAAAACGAAAUUAGUGGUUGAAUUGGUUCAAUGUCCUAUUGAACAAUGUUUAAAAAGAGGAUUAAGUAAAGAGGAUUAAGUGAAUUUAUUGAGAAGUUGGAAUUGGACAUUGAACACUUUGGCAAACAAAAACCAUUGUCUUGUCAACAAAGUGAUGGUAGAAUCAGCAGCAGCCAAAGUGAAAUCAAUCUUCAUAUAUCCAAUAAAAUCAUGCAGGGGCAUCUCUGUCUCAGAAGCACCACUCUUUUCCACUGGGUUUAGAUGGGAUAGACAAUGGGUUGUUGUGAAUUCCAAACGUAGAGCUUGUACACAAAGAGUGGAUCCAAAGUUGGCUUUAGUUGAAGUAGAGUUGCCUCAGGAUGCAUUUGCUGUUGGUUGGAAGCCAAACAAGGGGUCUCACUUAGAAUCCGAGAUUGCAUCGUUGCUGGCUAAUGGAAAGGUGCCAAUCGGGGUCAGAAGUAACACAAAGAUCAGAAACUGCACUAUAGACAAGAAUGCAAAGAUUGGAAGUGAUGAUCAGAAUAAGCUGGUAAUACGUUUGCAUAUCAAUUACUUCCGUAUUGAACAGGCUGGAGAUAGUUAUGAAGAUUUACUUGUAUUAGCUGCUCAGACUUAUCAACAAAUUUUGGGAAAGUUGCUAGCUUAAAACUCAACAUAAAUCCUUUUAGAAAUGAUGUUGUCUGCUAUUGUUCUUGGGCGCAAAACACAACCAGUCUUCUCAAUCUCACAAGCUCGCCGUCAAUCAGAGAUAUCCGAUUGGCCCGACCGGAAAAAACCAUUGGAUUCCCGGUUUGACCGCCGGGCACUGGCCUGGCCAGCCAGCUACCGUCAAAACAGGUCCAACAUAGUGAACCCGACCGCUUAAGGCUCCGGCUCCCGGUCCGGCCCUCAAAACGUUGAUUUUUUGAACGGCACAUAAGUAAAUGUGGCAUUGGUUUUGUGACAUUUAUCUUUCUUUAGUUUUUUUGUAUUGGUUUUGGUUAACGUAGAAAUACUGUAUUACAUAACCAAAAAUUUUGGUUAAAGUCUGUUACUGUGGGUUAUUAUGGUUAACCAGUUUUAGCAAAAAUAAAAUAAUAAAUAAACAUGAUUA